AUGUUUUUUCUGCUGCAACUCGCGCUGCUUGUGUUGGUCGGCCACUCGCUAAUCGCUGUGGAAACUGCAAAUUUCACGAAUUUGAGACCUUUGACAAGUCGAAGACACGACCAAGUAGAAGUGAGCAAACGAAUAGCUCUUGGAGACUGGAGCCCGGCAAACGAAGACUUGACUAUAAUCAUCGACAUUUUACCUGACUUCUGGGAACCCCGUUUUGAGGUGUUGUAUGGGGUGGAUCCAAGGGUGCCCACCAACGGAGCAGAACCUCCAGAGCAGCUCGUCAAAGUGACGGACCGCAAGCACAAGUUCCCGGUGUUCGCCACAAUGUGCUCGCUUACCUUCCUCGCUACAAUUGUCACAUUACUUAUUGUUUGCACGAGCUAG